GAAGUCUUUUAGGGUCGAGCUUUCCAGGUCCGAUGGCCACCUCAUCGUCGACUUCAUCGUUACGUACAACUACUGCACAAGCAUGUUACUAUGUAUCUGCAUGUACAUGUAUAUAUAUGCACGUGUAUGUGCAUAUGUACAGUGGAGAGGCUGCGACGCCGUAUUUGGCCAUACGACGAAGGUGGACUUCCGGUACGGCACCAACUUCGCGGUGGUGAGCGGGACGACGCUGAACCAGCUAAUGUUCAAGAAGAUGCACCUCAACGCCGACAAGAUGACGCCCUACUCCCUCGGCAUGCAGAUCGGCUGUUCAAGAAAGUGCUCGAUCACCAUGCUCACCUCCGCAUACCAUGAGCGGAGGGAGAUCAUGACGAGCUCGCUAUUCCUGGUUAGAGAGAUUGGCACCGACGACUACAACCACUCCUUGUUCCAGAACAAGACGUUCGGUUUUGUCCGCCCCCGGUUCCCCGGCUGGGGCGACGGGAUCCGGUGCAGUCGUAACUGCGACUGCAUCGAUUCUCGACCAUUCUACCUCUUCCUCUUCCACAAUAGCGAACUCAGAGACUACGACCCAGCCAUCGGCUGCCUCCGGUGGCUCAACGACCUCACCGCCCUCAACAACACCCUCCUCCAGCGUUAUCACCUCCCGGCGUGGUACGGGUUCGGCGACCGCACGAUGCUGCACGCGUGCUGCGCUGGAGACAAGCUGCAUAAUGCCAACUUCACCAUCCACUGCACGGAGCCGGGCGCCGUGCAGUGCCUCGACCUGUCCAGAUACGUUUCACGGGACGGGCUGCACAUGACCGAGGCGGCGUACCGGAUCAUGGUCGUUCGCGAUGCCUCCCGUCAUGUCCGGGUGCAGGAACUUGAGGACUGUUCGAUUGGUUCACAUAAACCAUUCGUACGAAUUGAACGGUGCAUGAUUAAUUGUUUCCGUGGUGUGUCUCACGCUGGAUGCUGA